CCUCACGGUCGGGCCAAUCCGACGGGCGCUCGGCACUGGGGGCGGGACGGCCUGGGUCCGGCUUGGCCUGCAGUGCGCCGAGGACGCCGCGCGAGCAUGUACCGGCUGCUGAGCCCGAGUCUGGGCCGAGGCCUCCUGCGGGCCGCGGGGCGGCGGUGCCGGGACUGCUCGGCGCGCCUGCUCCUGGGGCCGGCAGGAGGCCGCGCGCCUGAGGUGGGGGUGCCGGCAUCCCGAGUCCCGCCGCGCGGCCGGGGCCCGGGCCUGCUGCCGCUGCUGGCAGCGCUCGCCUGGUUCUCGAGGCCCGCUGCGGCAGAGGAGGAGGAGGAGGAGCGGCAGGGAGCGGGCGGGGCCGCCGCCGAGGGCGCGGUGGACGAGACCGAGGCCGAGAUCAUUCAGCUGCUGAAGCGAGCCAAGUUGAGCAUCAUGAAAGAUGAGCCAGAAGAGGCUGAGCUAAUUUUACAUGACGCUCUUCGUCUUGCCUAUCAGAGCGAUAACAGGAAGGCCAUCACUUACACUUAUGAUUUGAUGGCCAACUUGGCAUUUAUACGGGGUCAACUUGAAAAUGCGGAAAAACUUUUUAAAGCAACCAUGAGUUACCUGCUUGGAGGGGGCAUGCAACAGGAAGACAAUGCGAUAAUUGAAAUCUCUCUGAAGUUGGCCAGUAUCUAUGCUGCUCAAAAUAGACAGGAAUUUGCUCUUGCUGGCUAUGAAUUCUGCAUUUCAACCCUAGAGGAAAAAAUUGAAAGAGAAAAGGAAUUAGCAGAAGACAUUUUGUCAGUGGAAGAGAAAGCCAACACCCACCUCCUCCUUGGCAUGUGCUUAGACACCUAUGCCCGCUACCUUCUGUUCUCCAAGCAGCCGGCACAGGCACAGAGGAUGUAUGAAAAAGCUUUGCAGAUUUCUGAAGAAAUACUAGGAGAAAGACACCCACAGACCAUCGUGCUGAUGAGUGACCUGGCUACCACCCUGGAUGCACAGGGCCGCUUUGAUGAGGCCUGUGUUUAUGUGCAAAAGGCAUCAGAUCUGGCGAGACAGAUAGAACAUCCUGAGCUACACAUGCUGCUCAGUAAUCUCGCUGCAAUUCUGAUGCACAGAGAACGAUAUGCACAAGCAAAAGAGAUCUACCAGGAAGCACUGAAGCAAGCAGAGCUGAAAAGAGAUGAGGUUUCUAUACAGCACAUCAGGGAAGAGCUGGCUGAGCUGUCAAGAAAAAGUAGACCUUUCACUUAAUUUUAUGAAGCGCUAAAUCCCUUUUUGUUGUAGGGAAUUUUAAGUAACAGUGGUUAUUCUAGUCUCAGUGGCACCCAAAUCAAUGGCUUAAACCCUUUCUCCUUGAUAUUCACGUCUCGUCAGUUAGCUGUGGUGAAGGACAAGUUGUACGCACUGCCGCUUUUGUUCUUUAAAGGAAAGACGCCUUUCACCCCUGGCUGAUGUUGACCUCUAAGGACAGAGGUCAAGUGAUGCUUUCUGUCGUAACGUAUGGUGUGGUGCUGUCGUGCUGGUCUAAGUGUACCUGUAGAUGGAGAUGGGCCAGUUGGCCUUCGGGGUGGGUGUGGUGAUUCAGCCAGGCAUCUCUAUCCUACGAUUUUGAUCCAUUGAUUUGCUAUACCUUUUUUUAUUUUACCAAUAUCUGGAAGAACAGAACUGUCUCAUGGCAAAGGGGGAUUAUGGUGAGUUAUUUUUCUUAUGUAUUUCAUGAAGCUCAGUGUGGAACCUAAUGCAUAAUGGAGCAAAAGCAUUGUCGUGGUUUGUGCCAGCGCCCAGCAUGAAGUUUUAAAGUAGGAAGUAGGCCCUUGAAAAUACACCCGUUUAAUUAUAAAUCAAAGUAAACUGUAUGUCUUCAUAUCUGGUUAUAUAGGACUAUGAAAGAGGGGGGAAAAGGAAGGAUGUGAACACUUGUCAAUGCUGUUUGAGGACUCCGCUUCCUUUGCAGCCUAGGUCCCUGAACAGAGUCCUCUGCACGUGCCCAGGCUGCACCCCCCAAACCUUCUGUCUCAGGGUCGGGCCUUAACAAGUGUAAUAUGUAAAAUCUCCCCAGUAGUUCUCAUAUGUUCUGCUUAUACAGUGGAAGGAUCACUGAUCUGGAUCUUAGUCCAGGCUUCUCGAGUUUGGGUCUCAGUAUCCUCAUCUGUAAGUAGGAAACGAAUGAGAUUGUCUCAUAGCCAUGGGAGAAUGUAUUUUGUCCGAUGACCCUAAAUGAAUAGACUACUACUGUGUUCAAAGAGCCUUAUCACACUGCCUCAUAGCGUAUUAAGUAUAUACAUACAAGAUAGGCAGAUGGAGGUUUUUACCUCAGAAGUGUUGCAAAGAGCCCCUGGCCUAGGGCAAAGGCAAUUUUUGUAGGUGCCAUGAAGGAGCACUGUUAUUGUUGGUAAGCCUUUGGGGGGUGGGGGGUGUGAGUGGGAAUGGUAAACAGAUAUUUUUGUUUCUGUGUACAUAUUAUUGGAAGAAUCCUUUCAUAAUAAACUAGAGACUCUACAACAACAUUGUAUGUAUUCCGUAAUCUUUGAGUUUCUCAUAAAAAAUAACUCACUAAAGAGUUAAGAAAAACAAAAUACUAGAAAUCCUGAGGUCCAGAGCCUCCAGGAUUAGACUAAGACGCAAAUUUUCUGUUUUGCAGAUGUAAAUUUCUUCCUGCUUUCUAAGCUCAUCUCUUACCACCCAGCUAGCUCCUUUGAGUCUAAUGAGAAACUAGAAUGUAAAUGAGAUUGAGUUUCAGUGCGACCCAGUCUUAAUUUGUUGGUUGGUGAUUUUUGAGAAAUUACUGUCAACUAGUGGACUACUCACCUACGUGGAGAAUGUUUUUGCUUUUUCACAAUUGCAGGGGUUGCUGAAAGUAAGGAUUGUGACUCCAGGUUUUAUUUAAGAAUUUUUCAAUCUCCACAGUGAUUCCGCUCACGGUCCCGUCCCGGUGCUGGAAAAACUAUAGGUGUUUUCAGAGAAGACAGUCUCUUCCUGUGGGUGUCUCCAUGAGAGUUCAUUUGCACAGUUGUAAAACAAGGUAGCAGGGCAGGAAGGGCGAUCCCUUUGCCGACUGGUCUGAGUUCAAAAGUAAAUUGUUAAAAAGAGCAUAGUAGAAAUUUUUGAACUGUCACCAGCGUUUUCAGGGCAUAAAUGUUUAAAAACUGGAACCCGCACACCCAAGUUACUUCCCAUGAUAAACAUGCGCUGGAGAUCUGGCUGUCAGAAUGCUGCUAUGAACAGCAUUGGGAAGACUUUAAUUUAGAUCCUGGGGUGCUAAAAAAAAAAAAAAAAAAAAAAUCAUGCAGAAGGAUGCAGCUUUGGAACACUGAAAUCUCAGCCUGCAAAGAGUGUCAUGCCUUGGUUUCAGCCGACUUCAAGUCCUCUUGUCACUCUCGGGGCUGUCUGCCGUUUCAGUCCUGCCGAGGUGGACGUCCUCCCUCCGAGACGGUUGGCU